AUGGGACUUCGUGUAGCUAUCAAGAGGAAAAUCAAAAUUUUAGAGGUACACGGGGACUCAGCAUUAGUCAUUUAUCAAAUUCGUGGAGAUUGGGAAGUGAGAGAUCCAAAAUUAGUCAAAUAUCACGAUCUCGUUGCAGAGCUGAUCAAGGAGUUCUAUAAAGUGACUUUUAACUACUUUCCACGAGAGGAGAACCAACUGGCUGAUGCCCUAGCCACCUUGGCCGAUGUUCAAGGCAAGCAGAGAGGCGAGAUAAUGCCCAUCCAAAUGAGUAUAUAUGAGACCCCCGCACACUGUUUUAGUAUUGAGGAGGAGUCAGAUGGACGACCAUGGUUCCAUGAUAUCUUGGAGUAUAUCAAGAAUCAAAGGUACCCCAAGCAAGCAAACGAGAAUGACAAAAGAACAAUCAGGAGAAUGGCGAUUGGAUUUGUUCUUGACGGGGAUAUUCUAUACAAAAGGGGAAAAGAUCAAGUGCUCCUAAGGUGCGUGGACGCUGUUGAAGCUAGAAAGAUACUUGAAGAGGUUCAUGAAGGAAUUUGUGGAACACAUGCCAGUGGUUUCACCAUGGCCAGGCAGAUUAUGAGACUUGGUUAUUAUUGGCUGACGAUGGAAAGGGAUUGCAUUGGGCCAAUUUCCCCGAAAGCUUCCAAUGAGCAUUGA